AGGCGCCUCUCUGCUCUCCAAAACAGCAAAGCAGUGUCCGGAAAGACCGGCCCUCUUGUUCCCCACCUCUGAGCAGAGUGACCUCAGCCAGCCCUGGAGCUGUUGGACAGGAUGGCCUCCGGCGAGUGUCCCGAGAAGGCCAGUCAGAGCCGGGUGGACCACCUCCUCAGCGCCGUGAAGAGUGAGCUGCAGGCUGGCAGCGAGAAGGGAGACCCCACGGAGAAGGAACUCAGCGUGUCCCUGGAUGAGAAGACGCUUUGGCAGAAGUUUAAAGAACUUGUAAAUGAAAUGAUAGUUACAAAGAAUGGCAGGCGGAUGUUUCCGGUGCUGAAAGUGAACAUAUCUGGAUUGGAUCCGAACGCCAUGUAUUCAGUUUUGCUGGACUUUGUGUCUGCGGACAACCACAGGUGGAAGUACGUGAACGGGGAGUGGGUCCCCGGGGGCAAACCUGAACCCCAGACCCCCAGCUGCGUGUACAUUCACCCGGACUCUCCAAACUUCGGGGCACACUGGAUGAAAGCGCCUGUCUCUUUUAGUAAAGUCAAACUCACAAAUAAACUGAACGGAGGAGGUCAGAUAAUGUUAAAUUCAUUACAUAAGUACGAGCCACGCAUGCAUAUAGUGCGUGUUGGAGGCCCGAGGAGAAUGAUCACGAGCCACGCUUUCCCAGAGACGCAGUUCAUUGCAGUAACGGCUUACCAAAACGAGGAGGUGACUGCUCUUAAAAUAAAGCACAACCCUUUUGCCAAGGCCUUCCUAGAUGCAAAGGAGAGAAGUGAUCACAAAGACAUGCGAGAAGAUGCCAAUGAAAACCAGCAGUCAACUUACUCUCAAUUAGGUGGUUGGUAUAUUCCAGGCACAAGCUCUCUCUGCCCUCCUGCGAGUCCUCACAGCCAGUUUGGGGGUCCCAUCUCCCUCUCGCCAUCCCACGGCUGUGAGCGCUACUCCACCCUGAGGAACCACCGCUCGGCCCCCUACAGCAGCCCCUAUGCCCAUCGGACCAACUCGCCCAUUGGUUACUCUGAUAACUCGUCCGCCUGUCUGUCGAUGCUCUCACCCCACGACAACUGGUCCGGUCUGCAGUUGCCAACACACUCCAGCAUGAUGCCCAUGGCCCACAAUUCCCCUUCCGGUACCAACUCAAGUCAGUACACCAGCAUGUGGUCUGUGAGUAACCCGCCCCUGACCUCCUUGUCCCAGAGUGAGGGGAUGAACAACAGCCUGAGCUCGCAGUUCCUCCGAGGGUCCGGUAGCCACUACCCUGGCCUGUCUCACUCCGUCACAGCGCCCUCCUCUGGCUCUCCCAUGUACGACAGCGGCCCAGCCACGGAGCUGCACGACACGGCUCAGUACGACACCUCUCCACACGGGAGGCUACCUUCAGCCUGGACUCCUGUCACACCCCCGUCCCUCUGAUGGAGGUGCAUGUGUCAUCAAGUGAUGUCUGCAGGAGGCUUGGUAGGCUGUAACUUUAAAGCAGCAAAUAAGUAUUUGUCCCCAAAUCAAUUGGCAAAAGACUGUUUUCCUGGGGCACUACAAUCAAUCUAUAUGGAAAAAAUGCCCACUUCUUAAUUGGUACUAUUAAGAGAGACUUCGAAUUCUUGAAGGAACCCUUUAAAAAUGUGCUUUGCUCUCUUUAAAUCACAUGUGUCUUUUUGUGUUUAACUUACGUUAUUUCCUUUUUUUCC